AGGCAAAAUGGCGAGCGGGUUCCGGAUGGCAGCUUGCGCCUUGGCCCUGAUCCUGGCUGUGGCAGCACCUGCGUCAACUCAGGAAAGCUUUUGUCAAGCUCCCAAUGGCCAAGAUGGACACCCGGGAGUCCCAGGCCUAAACGGGCGGGCAGGACAGAAGGGCGACAUUGGAGAAACAGGGCCAUCUGGAAGAAGCGUGGGGUUGCGUGGACCCAAAGGUGACCCUGGGGAGCCCGGCGUGCCAGGCAUUCCAGGGAACAAAGGCUACCGAGGUCCGGAUGGGCCCCAGGGCCCCCCCGGGGAAGAAGGAGACCAGGGGCCAAAGGGCCAAGUCGGCAACGUCAUGCACCAAGCCAGAGCCGCCUUCUCAGCCUCUCGGCAGACCCCGGAGCCAAACGGCAAUGUCGUGGUCUUUGACAAUAUCAUCACCAAUCAGGACAACGCCUACAGCGGCCAGAGGGGGGUGUUCACCUGCAAAGACCCCGGUUACUAUUACUUCUCAUUCCAGGUGGUUUCCUCGGGCAACCUGUGCCUCAGCUUGGUGCACCAGGACACCAAAGUGGCCACCUUCUGUGACGACAACAGCGACGGCCUCCCACAGGUCAACUCAGGCAGCAGUGUCCUGAAACUGGCCAUGGGGGAUGCUGUCUGGCUGGAGAGCAACCCUGGAACGGGGAACAAGGUUUAUGAGGGCCCCGAUGCAGACAGUGUGUUCAGUGGCUUUCUGCUCUUCCCGUCAGUCUGAGGAGAAGCGAAUUUAGGGGACACGUCCCAGCCUCGGACAGUGGCCCCUGACAUCCUCUCUGCAGCUCUCUCUUCCAGCAAGGCUACAGCUCAAAGGGUGUAUUACCUGUAUAGAGGUGCAUAGGUGCGCAUGUGUGCGCCCGUCUCCCGCAUCUAUGCUCUUCCUGCAUUUUUUUUUGUAGCUUUCUGUGAGCACUAAAUAAAAUUUCACUGUAAUUAGAAA